CGAAAGGGCCACCACUUACGGGCUAUUCAUUCCCGUGCCACCUUUUGGGUGGCUUAAUCUUCAUCAAUCAAUCUGUGGUGUCCCGCAGGUACGGUGGCGGCGGUGUAGGCGGUGGUGGUAAAAAGGUGCGCCGCAGAGUACCUACCAUGGCCCAGCGGCGCGCAGCCAACGUCAGGGAGCGACGCCGCAUGUUCAACCUCAACGAAGCCUUCGACAAACUUAGACGCAAGGUGCCAACCUUUGCCUAUGAGAAACGGCUCUCCCGCAUUGAAACCUUAAAACUAGCCAUCACCUACAUUUCCUUUAUGACAGAGCUAUUGGCUUCGGAACACGAAGCUGCUGCUGUUGCCGCUGCUGCAGCAGCUGCCAAUAAUACUACCACCUCUGCAUCAGCUAAUACACGCGGAGCAGCACACAGAGGUCCUCCAUCAGCCUCAGCUGUCCCUCCCAGGCACCACGACUACCCUGACUUAGCUCUUAGCAAGCGUUGUCCGUCUUACCCAUCCCAGCUCCCUGCUGCAUAAUUCAUAUGGAU